GUCCAAGAUCGACAAAUGAUCCAUCCAGUAUCCGCUGUCUGCUGACGAGGCUACACCUUUCCAAGCAGAGGUGUGGUCAAAAACAGUGGUGCUUCUUCGAUCGGUUGCGUGUGCACGCAACCCUUGCUGGAGAAGAUCCUCCGAUCACCCACUGUUUCGCACGGCAACAUCAAGACCGCCAUCAUACCGGGGGAACUUAUCCGAGACAGACCGGGAUGCCCAGCGGACCAUGUGACGAAAUGGAUUCCAGCAGCAGCAGGAGGCCGGGCAGCCGCCCGGCGAAAUUUCCACGCCCGGGCCAGUCAAAUUCGCGCGCCCAGGUCCUUGCCGGGAAGGCUCGAACCCGCCUGUAUAAAAGCGCACGGCCCCGGUCCUUGGCACGGCACGAAGCAACGCAAGCAAGGCUGCAAGGGCGAGAACCACUUGGCGUGAGGGAAAAAAAAGAGCUCGGAACACACAACAGCAAUGGAGGGGCUGAUCCCGUUCGUGAUCGACGCGUUCAGGAGGAGCCAUGAGCGGAGCGGCUACCGCACCGUCUCGUCGGACGGCGGCAGCUCGCGCGGCGGGGGCAGCAGGCGGCACCUCAUCGACUACUCGGAGUUGCCCGACGCCGGAGCCGCGGCGAGCGUCGUCGACAGGGCGUCCGGCGGCACUCUGCACCGCCGCGCGCGGUCGGACUACGUGGAGACGACGGCCGUGCGUCGCAGCGAGGAGCUCGGCAGGCCGGCGGCCGUCGUCGCAGGGUCAGCCUAUCGCCGGAAAUGAGGGGGUUGCGUGCGAGCUUGCUUCCUCUGAACUUUGGAGCACUCAGGAGCAUAAAGCGAUGCAGCAUGUUGGGGGAGUAGUUAACUACAAUUUGUUCUGAUUAAUUCGUUCUUAGCCAUGCAUUAGUGUAAUAAUCAAAGAAGAGAAAGCUCAGCUCGUGAGCGUAAAGAGGCGCUCACGGCUCGCAUUCUCCUAAGCUCAAGGUCAAACCUGUAUUUGUGUUGCUGUUCCGAAGGAAAAAUGAAAUGUAUAUAUAUGUCACCGAUAUUUUUGA